AUGUCCAAAACCUUCACUCGCGCCGAGGUCGCGCAGCACAACACCGAAGACUCCCUCUGGUGCAUCAUCGACCACCGCGUCUAUGACCUGACCGAUUUUAUCGACGCCCACCCCGGCGGUAGUGUCGUCCUCGCGCAGGUCGCAGGCCAAGACGCAACGACAGACUUCUACAACCUCCACCGCCAAGAAGUCCUCGAGAAGUACCGCGACCAGCUCUGCAUCGGCACCAUCAAAGGCGAGAAGCCCGAGGUUAUCACGCCCGAGCCCGGCGCGCUGAGCCCCGUCCCCUACGCGGAGCCCCUAUGGCUGCGCCCCGAGUUCAAGAGCCCGUAUUACAAGGAGAGCCAUCGGCGGCUGCAGCGGGCGAUGCGGGAGUUCACGGAUCGCCAUGUAACGCCGGAGGCGCAGGAGAAAGAGAGAGACGGAACGUAUAUCAGCCAGGGGUUGAUUGACAAGAUGGCAGAGGAGGGUGUUCUGGCGAUGCGCUUGGGUCCUGGAAAGCAUCUGCAUGGGCUGAAGCUGGUGGGUGGUGUUGUGGAUGGGAAGGAGUUUGAUUACCUGCAUGACAUGAUUGUUGCACAGGAGAUGGUGCGGAGUAACGCGCGAGGCUUCCAGGACGGGAACAUGGCUGGUAUGGUCAUCUCGUUGACGGCUGUCCAGCAGUGGCUUCGCAAUGCUCCUCUGCGUGAGAAGGUCACUGAGGAAGUCCUCUCGGGCCGCAAGAAGAUGUGCUUGGCUAUCACUGAAGCGUUCGCUGGAAGUGAUGUGGCUGGCCUCAAGACCACCGCGACAAAGACGCCGGACGGAAAGCACUAUAUUGUCAAUGGCACCAAGAAAUGGAUCACCAACGGCAUGUUCGCUGACUACUUCGUCACCGGCUGCCGCACCGAGAAGGGAUUUACCGUCCUUCUGAUCCCCAGAGGCGAUGGCGUCGAGACCAAGCAGAUCAAGACGUCCUACUCGACCGCCGCCGCGACAGCGUUUGUGCAGUUCGAGAACGUCAAGGUGCCCGUGGAGAACCUGCUGGGCGAGGAGCACAAGGGUUUCAUCGUCAUCAUGAGCAACUUCAACCACGAACGGUUCACAAUGGUCUGCGCUGUCAUCCGCAUGUGCAUGACCGUGACCGAGGAAUGCAUGAAGUGGUGCAACCAGCGCAUUGUCUUCGGCAAGAAGCUGAUCGAGCAGCCCGUGAUGCGUCAAAAGCUGGCCCGCAUGAUCUCUCUUUGCGAGUCCAACCAGGCCUGGUUGGAAUCCAUCGCUUACCAGAUGUGCAACAUGACCUACGCCGAGCAGGCUGCGCACCUGGGCGGCCCCAUCGGUCUGCUCAAGUCGCACGCUACCCGCUCCGCCCAGGAGAUUGCCGACUAUGCCACGAACAUCUUCGGUGGUCGUGGGCUGACCCAGACCGGAAUGGGCAAGGUUAUCGAGAUGUUCCACCGGACGUACAAGUUUGAUGCGAUCCUCGGCGGCACGGAGGAGAUCCUAGCUGAUCUCGGAGUGAGACAGGCGUUCAAGAAGUUCCCUAAGGCGAUGCUGUAG